AUGGCCCACCGACUCAUAACCCAAGUCGUCAUUGUCGGCAGUCGAAUCGUCGGCCGCUCCUUCCUAGCCGCCUACCGCCAAGCCGAAGCCUCAUCCAAGUACGCCCGCGCGCAGGCCCGUCUGAACCCGGAUGCUGCGGCCUCGGGUAGCCGCGGCGGGCUCGGCGCGGGCAUGACGCUCGAGGAGGCGUGCAAGAUCCUCAACGUCAAGCCACCCCGGAGCGGCGAGGCCAACGUCCAAGAGAUCGCCGAUCGGUACAAGAGGUUGUUCGACGCCAACGAUCCGAAGAAGGGCGGGAGCUUUUACUUGCAGAGUAAGAUUGUGAGGGCGAAGGAGAGGUUGGAUAGGGAUUUGGGACCGAUACGGGAGAAGAUGGAGCAGGAUGCUGAGGUUAAGGGGGGAUUUAAGCCGAAGAUUUACAAGGAUAGGAAGGCUUUGGCUGAAGCGGCGAUGUUCAGCUGGCCCAACACAGGGAGAGCGCAAAUGUUGCACGGCAGGGGAUGGGAUUUGGGGGAGCACGCGGCCUCUCUCCACGGCGUCUGGACCAGGCUUGCCUUGGCGGAGAGGUCGGUUGGAACCCAUGUGUAG